AGAGAGAGAGAGAGAAAGAGAGAGAGAGAGAGAGAGAGAGAGAGAGAGAGAGAGAGAGAGAGAGAGAGAGAGAGAGAGAGAGAGAGAGAGAGAGAUGAAUGUGCGUGUGUUCUGCCGCAGUAUCAUCGCUGGCAAGGGUGUUAUGGUUUACGAGAUGCGCCACGAGCGGGACGGGUACCACAGCAGGGUCUUCGAGUUCGCAAAUGGAGUGACACGUCAGUCCAUCCGUUUCUACGACGUUGAUGUGGACGGCGCACCCGCUAUGAAGAUGGACGCCGGCUUGGGUUUCUUCGGUGAGCGCCUCGGGCAUGUUCUCAUCUACGUCAGGAAGGUCGUCGAUAUGAUCCCCAAUGAGUGGGGUGGCCAUCCCGUUGAUGUGCUGGGGGAGAUCGUGCUUCUGUAUGUCUCCACCCUUGCUGUCGUGUACGCAGACCGCUUAGAUGAUGCCCUAUUUGCACGGGGAGGUGAGGUCUUGAGUAUCGGCAAGGCGAGAGGAGACAGCCGUCAUCUUCGUCGUAUGCGCCGUGAGGAGGUCAUAGUGUUCAUUGGACACGCCAUUGUAGAGUCCUUUGGCGACGGCGGUCGGAAGAUGACUAUGAUGAUGAUGAUGAUGAUGAUGAUGAUGAUGAUGAUGAUGAUGAUGAUGAUGAUGAUGGAGUUCGAUUUGUAUGACAAUGAGGACGAUGCUGAUGACGAAGAUGAUGAUGAAGAUGGUGACGAUGAUGAUGAUGACGAUGAUGAUGAUGAUGAUGACGAUGAUGACGAUGAUGAUGACGAUGAUGACGAUUAUGAUGAUGAUGAUGAAUUCAAUGACAAUGACGUUUAGGAUGACGAUAAUGAUGACGAUGAUGACGAUUAUGAUGAUGAUGAUGAAUUCAAUGACAAUGACGUU